AUGGUGAACCCCCGCAGGAGACUGAAUCCCCAGGACGGUGAACCCCCGCAGACCCCUAGGACGGUGAACCCCCCCAGGACGGUGAACCCCCGCAGGAGACUGAACCCCCAGGACGGUGAACCCCCGCAGACCCCUAGGACGGUGAACCCCCGCAGGAGACUGAAUCCCCAGGACGGUGAACCCCCGCAGACCCCUAGGACGGUGAACCCCCGCAGGAGACUGAACCCCCAGGACGGUGAACCCCCGCAGACCCCUAGGACGGUGAACCCCCCCCAGGACGGUGAACCCCGCAGGAGACUGAACCCCCAGGACGGUGAACCCCCGCAGACCCCCAGGAUGGUGAACCCCCGCAGGAGACUGAAUCCCCAGGACGGUGAACCCCCGCAGACCCCCAGGACGGUGAACCCCCGCAGACCCCCAGGAUGGUGA